UGUCCGGGUGCAGGGAGAAGGGAGGAAGAGGGGAGAGGUGGGGCGGUGCAAAGGUGAGGCUGUGCUCAGCCCUGACGCUCAGCAAAACCGAUAACCAGCACUUUCAUUACGUGCACGCCCCAGGGCCACAUCCCUGCCGCUGUCCUGGUCCUGAAGCCUGUUCUGCCCCAGCCCCCUGCCCGCUAGGCCCAUGCAGCUGUUGGGGCUCCUCGGCCUCCUCUGGAUGCUCAAGGCCUCCCCGUGGGCCACAGGAACUUUAUCCACGGCCACAUCCAUCUCUCAAGUGCCUUUCCCCAGGGCAGAAGCAGCCAGCGCUGUGCUCAGCAAUUCUCCACACUCCAGAGACCUGGCUGGGUGGCCACUUGGUGUCCCCCAGCUCACCUCUCCUGCUCCUGGCCACAGGGAAAAUGCAUCUAUGACACUCACUACCUCCCCCCAUGACACACUCAUCUCUGAAACAUUGCUCAGCUCUCCAGUCAGUUCCAACACCUCAACCACCCCGACGUCCAAGUUUGCCUUCAAGGUUGAAACCACUCCACCCACCGUGUUGGUCUAUUCGGCCACCACUGAGUGCGUGUAUCCAACGAGCUUUAUAAUCACCAUCUCCCACCCCACCUCCAUCUGUGUGACCACAACGCAGGUGACCUUCACCAGCUCUUACACCCCCACUCCCGUGACACAGAAACCAGUGACCACCGUCACCAGGACUUACCCUAUGACCACUACUGAGAAAGGAACGUCAGCCAUGACAUCUUCUCCCUCUACCACCACUGCAAGGGAAACUCCCAUAGUGACAGUGACACCCUCCUCCUCUGUGUCAGCCACAGACACAACCUUCCACACUACAAUCUCCUCUACAACUAGAACCACAGAAAGGACUCCCCUGCCCACUGGAAGCAUCCAUACGACCAUGUCCCCAACCCCAGUAUUUACUACUCUCAAAACAGCAGUGACUUCCACUUCCCCCAUCACUUCUUCAAUCACUUCCACAAAUACAGUGACUUCUAUGACAACGACCGCCUCCCAGCCCACAGCCACUAAUACAUUGUCAUCACCCACCAGGACCAUUUUAUCUUCCAUACCUGUCCUGAGCACAGAAACAAUCACCAGUGGUAUCACAAACACCACCCCCCUAUCCACCUUGGUGACCACACUCCCCACUACCAUCAGCAGGUCUACACCUACAUCUGAGACCACCUACCCUACUUCUCCCACCAGCACUGUCACAGACUCCACUACCAAAAUCGCCUACUCCACAAGUAUGACAGGUACAUUGUCCACAGAGACUUCUCUCCCACCCACCUCUUCCUCUCUCCCAACCACAGAAACAGCCACGACUCUUAUGACAAACUUGGUAACCACCACCACUGAGAUCUCCUCCCACAGUACUCCCAGCUUCUCUUCUUCAACCAUCUACUCCACAGUCAGCACAUCCACAACUGCCAUCUCCUCACUUCCCCCUACCUCAGGUACCAUAGUGACUUCCACAACCAUGACCCCAUCUUCUCUGAGUACAGACAUUCCUUUCACAACACCAACAACUAUCACCCACCAUUCUGUGGGCUCUACCGGUUUCCUGACUACAGCAACAGACCUCACAUCAACAUUCACUGUUUCCAGUUCCUCAGCAAUGUCCACGGGUGUCAUUCCAUCUUCCCCCAGCAUUCCGAAUACAGAAACCUCAUCCCUUGUCAGCAUGACCUCUGCCACUACUCCCAGUGUGAGACCAACUUUUGUAAGUACACUCAGCACUCCUACAAGUUCCUUCCUGACGACCUUCCCAGCAACAUAUUCAUUUUCAUCUUCCAUGUCUGCCAGCAGUGCUGGGACCACUCACACAGAGAGCAUCUCCUCACCUCCAGCCGGCACCAGUACACUCCACACAACAGCUGAAUCCACCCUGUCACCCACUACCACCACCUCAUUCACAACUUCCACAACUAUGGAACCACCUUCAACCACUGCAGCAACUACAGGAACAGGUCAGACCACCUUCACCAGCUCUACAGCCACAUUUCCUGAGACCACCACACUGACUCCUACAACUGACAUGUCCACAGAAUCUCUCACAACAGCCAUGACUUCUCCUCCCAUCACUUCAUCAGUCACUUCCACAAAUACAGUGACUUCUAUGACAACUACGACCUCUCCUCCCACAACCACCAAUUCUUUUACAUCACUGACCAGUAUGACUCUGUCUUCUACACCUGUCCCAAGCACAGAAGCAGUCACCAGUGGCACCAUAAACACAAUCCCUCCAUCUAUCUUGGUGACCACACUCCCCACUCCAAAUGCUUCAUCUAUGACUACAUCUGAGACCACCUAUCCUAAUUCUCCGACUGGUCCUGGUACAAACUCCACGACGGAAAUCACCUAUCCCACCGCUGUGACAGAGACAUCAUCCACUGCCACCUCUCUUCCACCCACCUCUCCCUUGGUCUCAACUGCAAAAACAGCCAAAACUCCUACCACAAACUUGGUAACCACCACCACCAAGACCACCUCACAUAGUACCACCAGCUUCACUUCUUCAACUGUCUACUCCACAGCCAGCACAUACACAACUGCCAUCACCUCAGUUCCCACUACGUUGGGUACCAUGGUAACUUCUACAUCCAUGAUCCCAUCUACUGUGAGUACAGGUAUCCCUACCUCACAACCAACAACCAUCACUCCCUCAUCCGUUGGCAUCAGUGGUUCAUUACCUAUGAUGACAGACCUCACCUCAGUGUACACAGUCUCCAGCAUGUCUGCAAGGCCAACAAGUGUCAUUCCCUCAUCUCCCACUGUCCAGAAUACAGAAACCUCAAUCUCUGUUAGCAUGACAUCUGCUACCACUCCCAGUGGAGGACCAACUUUCACAAGUACUGAGAACACUCCAACAAGGUCCCUCCUGACAAGCUUUCCAAUGACACAUUCAUUCUCUUCUUCUAUGUCUGAAAGUAGUGCUGGGACCACUCACACAGAGAGUAUCUCCUCACCUCGAGGCACCACCAGUACACUCCACACAACAGUUGAAUCCACCCCAUCACCCACUACCACCACCUCAUUCACCACAUCCACAAUGAUGGAACCACCUUCAUCCACUGUAUCAACUACAGGCAGAGGUCAGACCACCUUCCCCAGCUCUACAGCCACAUUCCCUGAGACCACUACACUGACUCCUACAACUGACAUUUCUACAGUAUCUCUCACAACAGCCAUGACUUCUACUCCCCCCAUCAGUUCUUCAAUCACUCCCACCAAUACAAUGACUUCUAUGAGAACUACGACCUAUUGGCCCACAGCCACUAAUACAUUAUCACCACUCACCAGUAGCAUUUUAUCUUCUACACCUGUCCCAAGCACAGAAAUGAUCACCAGUCAUACCACAAACACCACCCCUCUAUCCACCUUGGUGACUACACUCCUCACUACCAUCAUCAGGUCUACACCUACAUCUGAGACCACCUACCCUACUUCUCCCACCAGCACUGUCUCAGACUCCACGACCGAAAUCACCUAUUCCACAAGUAUAACAGGUACAUUGUCCACCGCCACUACUCUCCCACCCACCUCUUCCUCUCUCCCAACCACAGAAACAGCCACGAUGACUCCUACCACAACCUUGAUAACCACCACCCCUAAUACCACCUCCCAUAGUACACCCAGCUUCACUUCUUCAACCAUCUACUCCACAGUCAGCACAUCCACAACUGCCAUCUCCUCAGCUUCCCCUACCUCAGGUAGCAUGGUAACUUCCACAACCAUGACCCCAUCUCCUCUGAGUACAGACAUCCCUUCCACAACACCAACAACUAUCACCUACCCUUCUGUGGGCUCUACCGGUUUCCUGACUACAGCAACAGACCUCACAUCAACAUUCACUGUUUCCAGUUCCUCAGCAAUGUCCACAAGUGUCAUUCCAUCUUCCCCCAGCAUCCAGAAUACAGAAACCUCAUCCCUUGUCAGUAUGACCUCUGCCACCACUCCCAGUGUGAGACCAACUAUCACAAGUACUGACAGCACUCCAACAAGUUCCCUCCUGACGACCUUCCCAAGUACAUAUUCAUUUUCAUUUUCCAUGUCUGCCAGCAGUGCAGGGACCACUCACACAGAGACUAUUUCCUCACUUCCAGCCAGCACCAAUACAAUCCACACAACAGCUGAAUCCACCCUGGCACCCACUACUACCACCUCAUUCACCACAUCCGCAACGAUGGAACCACCUUCAACCACUGUAGCAACUACAGGCACAGGUCAGACCACCUUCCCCAGCUCUACAGCCACAUUCCUUGAGACCACCACACUGACUCCUACAACUGACUUUUCUACAGAAUCUCUCACAACAGCCAUGACUUCUACUCCCCCCAUCAGUUCUUCAAUCACUCCCACCAAUACAACGACUUCUAUGAGAACUACGACCUAUUGGCCCACAGCCACUAAUACGUUAUCACCACUCACCAGUAGCAUUUUAUCUUCUACACCUGUCCCAAGCACAGAGAUGACCACCAGUCAUACCACAAACACCAAUCCUGUAUCCACGUUGGUGACUACACUCCCCAUUACCAUCACCAGGUCUACACUUACAUCUGAGACCGCCUACCCUAGUUCUCCCACGAGCACUGUCACAGAGUCCACGACUGAAAUCACCUAUCCCACCACUAUGACAGAGACAUCAUCUACUGCCACCUCUCUUCCACCCACCUCUUCCUUGGCCUCAACCGCAGAAACAGCCAAAACUCCUACCACAAACUUGGUAACCACCACCACCACCAAGACCACCUCACAUAGUACCACCAGCUUCACUUCUUCAACCAUCUACUCCACAGCCAGCACACCCACCACUGCCAUCACCUCAGUUCCCACUACCUUGGGUACCAUGGUGACUUCUACAUCCAUGAUCCCAUCUACUGUGAGUACAGGUAUCCCUACCUCACAACCAACAACUAUUACUCCCUCAUCCGUGGGCAUGAGUGGUUCAUUACCUAUGAUGACAGACCUCACUUCAGUGUACACAGUCUCCAGCAUGUCUGCAAGGCCAACAAGUGUCAUUCCUUCAUCUCCCACUGUCCAGAAUACAGAAACCUCAAUCUUUGUUAGCAUGAUGUCUGCUACCACUCCCAGUGGAGGACCAACUUUCACAAGUACUGAGAACACUCCAACAAGGUCCCUCCUGACAAGCUUUCCAGUGACACAUUCAUUUUUCUCUUCCAUGUCUGCCAGCAGUGUAGGGACCACUCACACCCAGAGUAUCUCCUCACCUCCAGCCAUCACCAGUACACUCCACACAACAGCUGAAUCCACCCCGUCACCUACAACCACCAUGUCAUUCACAACAUUUACAACGAUGGAAACACCUUCAUCCACUGUAGCAACUACAGGCACAGGUCAGACUAUAUUCACCAGUUCAACAGCCACAUCCCCUAAGACCACCACACUGACUCCUACCCCUGACAUUUCCACAGGAUCUUUCAAAACAGCAGUGAGUUCUACUGCCCCCAUCACUUCUUCAAUCACCUCCACAUAUACGGUGACUUCGAUGACAACUACCACCCCUCUAGGACCCACAGCCACUAAUACGUUACCAUCAUUUACCAGUAGCGUUUCAUCUUCUAUGCCUGUCCCAAGUACAGAAGCGAUCACCAGUGGUACCACAAACACCACCCCUCUAUCUACCUUGGUGACGACAUUCUCCAAUUCCGACACCAGUUCUACACCUACAUCUGAGACCACCUACCCUACUUCUCUUACUAGUGCUCUCACAGAUUCCAUGACCAGAACCACCUAUUCCACCAAUAUGACAGGUACAUUGUCCACUGUGACCUCUCUUCGACCCACCUCUUCCUCUCUCCCCACCACAGUAACAGCCACAGUUCCAACAACAAACUUGGUAACCACGACCACCAAGAUCACCUCACACAGUACUCCUAGCUUCACUUCUUCAAUCGCAACCACCGAGACCCCCUCACACAGUACUCCCAGAUUCACUUCUUCAAUCACCAAUGCCAAGACCACCUCACACAGUACUCCCAGCUUCACUUCUUCAAUCACGACCACUGAGACCCCCUCACACAGUACUCCCAGCUUCACUUCUUUGAUAACCACCACUGAGACCCCCUCAAGCAGUACUCCCAGCUUCACUUCUUCGAUCACCACCACUGACUCGAUCGUCACCACCGAGACCACAUCCCGCAGUACUCCCAGCUUCACUUCUUCAAUCAGCACCACUGAGACCACAUCCCACAGUACUCUCAGCUUCACUUCUUCGAUCACCAUCACUGAGACCACCUCACACAGUACUCCAAGCUACACUACCUCAAUCACCACCACCGAGACCCCCUCACGCAGUACUCCCAGCUACACUACCUCAAUCACCACCACUGAGAUCCCAUCACACAGUACUCCCAGCUUCACUUCUUCAAUCACCACCACCGAGACCACAUCCCACAGUACUCCCAGCUUCACUUCUUUGAUCACCACCACUGAGACCACCUCACACAGCACUCACAGCUUCACUUCUUUGAUCACCGCCACCGAGAGCACCUCACAGAGUACUCGCAGCUUCACUUCUUCAAUCACCACCACCGAGACCACAUCCCACAGUACUCCCAGCUUCACUUCUUCAAUCAGGACCACUGAGACCACCUCUCAUAGUACUCCCAGCUUCACUUCUUCAAUCAUCGCCACCGAAACCACCUCACACAGUACUCCCAGCUACACUUCUUUGAUCCCCACAACUGAAACCACUUCACACAGUACUCCCAGCUUCACUUCUUCGAUCACCACCACCGAGACCACCUCACACAAUACUCCCAGCUUCACUUCUUUGAUCACUACCACUGAGACCACCUCACACAGCACUCCCAGCUUCACUUCUUUGAUCACCACCACGGAGACCCCGUCACACAGUACUCCCAGCUUCACUUCUUCGAUUACCACCACCGAGACCCCCUCAAGCAGUACUCCCAGCUUCACUUCUUCAAUCACCACCACUGAGACCCCCUCAAGCAGUACUCCCAGCUUCACUUCUUCGAUCACCACCACCGAGACCACAUCCCACAGCACCCACAGCUUCACUUCUUUGAUCACUGCCACCAAGAGCACCUCACAGAGUACUCGCAGCUUCACUUCUUCGAUCACCACCACCGAGACCACAUCCCACAGUACUCCCAGCUUCACUUCUUCAAUCACCACCACCGAGACCACCUCACACAAUACUCCUAGCUUCACUUCUUCGAUCACCACCACUGAGACCACCUCACACAGCACUCACAGCUUCACUUCUUUGAUCACCGCCACCGAGAGCACCUCACAGAGUACUCGCAGCUUCACUUCUUCAAUCACCACCACCGAGACCACAUCCCACAGUACUCCCAGCUUCACUUCUUCAAUCACCACCACGGAGACCACCUCACACAGCACUCCCAGCUUCACUUCUUUGAUAACCACCACUGAGACCCCGUCACACAGUACUCCCAGCUUCACUUCUUCAAUUACCACCACCGAGACCCCCUCAAGCAGUACUCCUAGCUUCACUUCUUCGAUCACCACCACUGAGACCACAUCCCGCAGUACUCCCAGCUUCACUUCUUCAAUCAGCACCACUGAGACCACAUCCCACAGUACUCCCAGCUUCACUUCUUUGAUCACCAUCACCGAGACCACCUCACACAGUACUCCCAGCUACACUACCUCAAUCACCACCACCGAGACCCCCUCACACAGUACUCCCAGCUUCACUUCUUCAAUCACCACCACCGAGACCACAUCCCACAGUACUCCCAGCUUCACUUCUUCAAUCAGGACCACCGAGACCACAUCCUACAGUACUCCCAGCUUCACUUCUUCAAAUACCAUCACUGAGACCACCUCACACAGUACUCCCAGCUAUAUUACCUCGAUCACCACCACCGAGACCCCUUCAAGCAGUAGUCCCAGCUUCACUUCUUCGAUCACCACCAUCGAGACCACAUCCCACAGUACUCCCGGCUUCACUUCUUCAAUCAGCACCACUGAGACCACAUCCCACAGUACUCACAGCUUCACUUCCUCGAUUGCCACCACCGAGACCACAUCUCACAGUACUCCCAGCUUCACUUCUUUGAUCACCACCACGGAGACCACCUCACACAGCACUCCCAGCUUCACUUCUUUGAUAACCACCACUGAGACCCCGUCACACAGUACUCCCAGCUUCACUUCUUUGAUUACCACCACCGAGACCCCCUCAAGCAGUACUCCCAGCUUCACUUCUUCGAUCACCACCACCGAGACCAACUCUCACAGUACUACCAGCUUCACUUCUUCGAUCACCACCACCGAGACCACCUCACACAGUACUCCCAGCUUCAGUUCUUCGAUCACCACCACUGAGACCCCCUUACACAGUACUCCUGGCCUCACUUCGUGGGUCACCACCACUGAGACCACCUCACACAUUACUCCUGGCCUCACUUCUUCAAUCACCACCACUGAGACUACCUCACACAGUACUCCCGGCUUCACUUCUUCAAUCACCACCACUGAGACCACCUCACAGAGUACUCCCAGCCUCAGUUCUUCAACCAUCUACUCCACAGUCAGCACAUCCACAACUGCCAUCACCUCACAUUUUACUAACUCAGAGACUGCGCUGACUCCCACACCCGUAACCCCAUCUUCUCUGAGUACAGACAUCCCGACCACAACCCUACGAACUCUCACCCCUUCAUCUGUGGGCACCAGCACUUCAUUGACUACAACCACAGACUUUCCCUCUAUACCCACUGAUAUCAGUACCUUACCAACUCGAACACACAUCAUUUCAUCUUCUCCCUCCUUCCAAAGUACAGAUACCUCAUCCCUUGUGGGCACCACCUCUCCUACCAUGUCCACUGUGAGAAUGACCCUCAGAAUUACUGAGAACACCCCAAUCAGUUCCUUUAGCACAAGUAUUGUUGUUACACCUGAAACCCCAACUCAGACCCCUCCUGUACUGACGUCAGCCACUGGGACCCAAACAUCUCCUGCACCUACUACUGUCACCUUUGGAAGUACGGAUUUCUCCACGUCCGCUCUUCAUACUCUUACUCCAUCAACAGCCUUGAGCACGAUCGUGUCAACAUCACAGGUUCCUAUUCCUAGCACACAUUCCUCCACCCUUCAAACAACUCCUUCAAUCCCCUCUUUGCAAACUUCGCUCACAUCUACAAGUGAGUUCACUACAGAAUCUUUCACUAGGGGAAGUACAUCUACAAAUGCAAUCUUGACUUCUUUUAGUACCAUCAUCUUGUCCUCAACACCCACUAUUAUCAUGUCCUCUUCUCCGUCUUCUGCCAGCAUAACUCCAGUGUUCGCUACUACCAUUCAUUCUGUUCCUUCUUCACCAUACAUUUUCAGUACAGAAAAUGUGGGCUCCGCUUCUAUCACAGCCUUUCCUAGUCUCUCUUCCUCUGCAACUACCAGCACUUCUCCAACCAGCUCCUCUCUGACCACAGGUCUCACUGAAAUAACCCCCUUUUCUUAUAUUUCCCUUCCCUCCCCCACACCCUGUCCAGGAACUAUAACAAUUACCAUAGUCCCUGCCUCUCCCACUGAUCCAUGUGUUGAAAUGGAUCCCAGCACUGAAGCUACUUCUCCUCCCACCACCCCAUUAACAGUCUUUCCCUUUACUACCGAAAUGGUCACCUGUCCUACCUCCAUCAGUAUCCAAACUACUUUUACUACAUAUAUGGACACUUCUUCCAUGACGCCAGAAAGUGAGUCCAGCAUCACACCCAGUGCUUCCAGUUCCACUGGCACUGGGACUGUACCCACAAACACAGUUUUCACGAGUACACGACUGCCCACCAGUGAGACCUGGCUGAGCAACAGCUCUGUGAUCCCCCCACCUCUUCCUGGCGUCUCUACCAUCCCGCUCACCAUGAAACCAAGCAGUAGCCUCCCGACCAUCCUGAGGACUUCAAGCAAGUCAACACACGCCUCCCCACCCACCACUAGGACUUCAGAGACACCAGUGGCCACUACCCAGACUCCUACCACCCUUACAUCACGCAGGACAACUCGUAUCACUUCUCAGAUGACCACACAGUCCACGUUGACCACCACUGCAGGCACCUGUGACAAUGGUGGCACCUGGGAACAGGGCCAGUGUGCUUGCCUUCCGGGGUUUUCUGGGGACCGCUGUCAGCUCCAGACCAGAUGCCAGAAUGGGGGUCAGUGGGAUGGCCUCAAGUGCCAGUGCCCCAGCACCUUCUAUGGUUCCAGUUGUGAGUUUGCUGUGGAACAGGUGGAUCUAGAUGUAGUGGAGACCGAGGUGGGCAUGGAAGUGUCUGUGGAUCAGCAGUUCUCGCCGGACCUCAAUGACAACACUUCCCAGGCCUACAGGGAUUUCAACAAGACCUUCUGGAAUCAGAUGCAGAAGAUUUUUGCAGACAUGCAGGGCUUCACCUUCAAGGGUGUGGAGAUCCUGUCCCUGAGGAAUGGCAGCAUCGUGGUGGACUACCUGGUCCUGCUGGAGAUGCCCUUCAGCCCCCAGCUGGAGAGCCAGUACGAGCAGGUGAAGACCACGCUGAAGGAGGGGCUGCAGAACGCCAGCCAGGAUGCGAACAGCUGCCAGGACUCCCAGACCCUGUGUUUUAAGCCUGACUCCAUCAAGGUGAACAACAACAGCAAGACAGAGCUGACCCCGGAAGCCAUCUGCCGCCGCGCCGCUCCCACGGGCUAUGAAGAGUUCUACUUCCCCUUGGUGGAGGCCACCCGGCUCCGCUGUGUCACCAAAUGCACGUCGGGGGUGGACAACGCCAUCGACUGUCACCAGGGCCAGUGCGUUCUGGAGAGGAGCGGUCCCGCGUGUCGCUGCUACUCCACCGACACGCACUGGUUCUCUGGCCCGCGCUGCGAGGUGGCCGUCCACUGGAGGGCGCUGGUCGGGGGCCUGACGGCCGGCGCCGCGCUGCUGGUGCUGCUGCUGCUGGCGCUGGGCGUCCGGGCGGUGCGCUCCGGAUGGUGGGGCGGCCAGCGCCGAGGCCGGUCCUGGGACCAGGACAGGAAAUGGUUCGAGACCUGCGAUGAGGAAGUCGUGGGCACUUUUUCAAGCUGGGGUUUCGAGGACGACGGAACAGACAAGUAUACAAAUUUCCAUGUGGCCUUGGAGAACGUGGACACCACUAUGAAGGUGCACAUCAAGAGACCCGAGAAGACCUCGUCCUCAGUGUGAGCCCUGCGGGGCCCCUUCACCACCCCCUCCGCCUUGCCCCGGACACAAGGGUCUGCACUGCGUCCAUUUCAAGAGGUGGCCCCAGGACGCGGGCAGCCCAGGCUCCUGCUGUUCUUGGGCAAGAUGAAACUGUUCCCCCAAAUCCCAUCCUUCUCUUUCCAACUUGGCUGAAACCCACCUGGAGACGCAGUUCACGUCCAGGCUCUUCCACUGUGGAAUCUUGGGCAAGUCAGUAACGAGCCUCAGUUUCCUCACCUGCGAAACGGGUACAAUAUUCUUGUAUGAUAUCUCACGCCGUUGUUGUGAAAACCACAUAGACUUGGUCAAUUCUCGGUCCUACUCUGCCCUCCCGUCUCAGCCCUCGUGUUGCCAUUUCCUCUCUGGGAUCCUCCAAUCCUCACGUCCUUCACCUGGUCUCUGGCCCUGGUGCUUAUUUUCUCUCAAUUCCCUACUGCCUGUUUCUUACUUUGAACCUGGAGGCAGCCUGCAGCCCCAUCCCAUCUCCUGCCCUCUCCUGAUCUAACUCCCUGCUGCAUCUCUUGCUCUCAUUCCUUAGACCUCCUCCCCUUUUGACCCCGUUCCUUCAUCCAUCCUGCCCCCCAGUCCCCCAGCCCUAAAUCCUCCCUCCUCUCCUCGCAUCCUGGUCCCUAGCAAGGUAUAGAUAGCCUCUGUGUCUUAGGAUACCCCAGGUGCUGUUCCCCCGGUCACCCUGUUGCCCAGUUCCCCGUUUCUCUUGCUCUCAUUCCUUGUAUCCUUUCCCCUUUUGAGCCCGUCCAUUCAUCGGUUCUGCCCCCGACUCCCCCUGACCUAAAUACCCCAGCUGCUGUUCCCCCCACCACCCUGCUGCCCAAUUCUUUAUUCUCCACCCCUUUCUCUCACCCCUGGAGCCCUGUGGGUGGGGGCAGGGCAUGAGUUCCCCAGUCCCCAAGGAAAGGCAGCCCCCUCAGUCUCCCUCCUCCUCAUUUCCUUCGAUCCCCCUCCCUUCUUGCCUCACCACUGCCUUUUAAAACCAUCCCCUCUGAUUCCCCUCCUCCCCCUUCUCUUCCUGGUGUCACCUGGAUUCCUGCGGUAACUCUGAGCCCUUGAAAUCCUCAGUCUCCUUGGUGGGGAAGAUUGGCUUUGGGGACAGGAAGUCGGCACAUCUCCAGGUCUUCAUGUGCCGACACUCUACAAUAUAGAGUUUAUUGUAAAAAGCAGCAGCUCUCUGUCUGUCUCCUUUUCACCCCCUCAGUGGUCUCCGUUUGAUUGGAGAACAGGGAUUUCCAGAGGUGGCACUGUAGGAGGAUCCUGGGAGCACCUGUGUCUCCCGGGGACGAAGGAGGGGGUCUGUGGGCAGCCCUUGGGGCC